UUCAUCCCCUUUGUGAACUGGGUACACUACAAUCACAAAAGAUGUCUUCCAGCAAAGCUCUGUGUUACCCACGCCCACCAUGUUAUCCCGACAUCUGCCCAGACCCAUAUGUUGAUGCCUGGAACGAGCCUUGUGUCACAUCAUGCGGCGACUCGAGCGCAGUGGUCUAUGCACCACCGGUUGUCGUGAGAUUCCCAGGACCUAUUCUUGCUACCUGCCCCCAAGACAGUGUUGUGGGAAGCACCUUACCAAAUUUACCCUAUGGAUAUGGGGGCCCAUAUGGGGGUGGUAGUUUUGGUGGCUCAGUCAGUUCUGGGGGUGCUUAUGGAGGUGGAUAUGGAGGUGGAUACGGUGCUGGCUAUGGAGGUGGAUAUGGUGGUGGAUAUGGGGGCUUAUACGGGUAUGGGAAGAGAUAUGGUAGGAAGUGCUAUUCUUCCCGCUUUGGAAGUUGUGGCCCAUGUUAAACCCAGAAGAAAGAUCCACGGAACAAGAAACACCCAGGAAAGAAAAAUGGGACAUGAUUUUCAAAUCUACAGCUACAAGAAAGAUGGCAAAAUAUCUUGUCUGAAAUGUGUCACU